CGCGGUGAAAGAGUACACAAGCGGAGGCCGUCUGUUUGCGCCGCAAGUUGUGCGACAACAACCUUGGAACACGCGAGAGCAAUCGCCUUCCAGCAAUAAAACUCGCGCACAUUUCAACAAACACAUUCAAACGUUCAAGUGCAAGGCUGCUUAAAGCUGCUAUACCGUCAUAUUGUUAUCUCAGAAACUGUAAGCCAUCUACGAAAUUGUUGCAUCAAAUAGAUGACGAAUGGGUUCGACAAAAAGACUGAUUCUGCCAAAAGACAUAUCCAGUGUUCUAAAAUGCGAUCUCUGUCGAGGAUAUAUGUCCGUCCCACCAAUCUCAAUGUUUGACGGUAAAAAUAGUUGUGGAAGAUGCGACCCUGGUUGGCCCAGAAAUACCGUAUAUGAAGAACUUGCUCAAUUCAUGAUAUUUCCUUGCACAUAUUGCGACGAACUCUUAACGUGGGGCUCUGUUGAAAAGCACGAAACUGAGUGCAAGAAAAACGUAAUUCUCUGCCCAUCGAGGAAGAAAUGCAAAACACAAGCUGUGUCCAGAUACAGAGAGUACCACAAGGAGUGCCAAAUCAAUAGAGUCGUUUGCCCUUUCGAGUACUGCUAUGUCAUGUACGAGAUCAGUGAUAUUGUGCAACACUUCACAAAAUUCCACAAAGACUACGUUUUGACAAACAACGUAGAAGCAAGGAAAAUCCUGAAAGAAGAGAAGGUAUGGAACUUUACGCCAGAAAACAACGUUUGCUUGGUUCUGUACAAGCAAGCUCCACUGUUGUUGUUCGUACACAGCGACGCGGAUUUUGAAACUGAAACUGGCAACAUCGCGUUUUACAACUAUUACUUCGGCGUUUUCUCGCUUUGUAGAGAAAAGAGUGACAUGAAGUAUAUCGCCACGAUGAGUCUCUCAUCAGAAAGUGAGUGCAGUACAUCUGUUAUGAAGAACCAAGAAGUUAAAUCAUUUGAUGGGAAAAUGCAUUGUAUAGAUUUCCUUAAAAGUGGGCCGCACAAAUGUCCAAAUUCGCUCAAUUUCAUGACAACUAAGUUUGAGAAGUUGAAACGCAGUGAAAAUUUGAGGCUGAGUUACACCAUCAACAUCCUAGAUUGCCCUGAUUGCUCGAGUACCAAAAAAUACAACGAGACAUUGGCAAUAAACCCGAAUAUUUUCAGCAAAAUUCUAGAAUGUCCAAUUUGCAAAGAGUACAUGUGUCCGCCUAUUUUCAAUUGCAACGCGGGACAUACGAUAUGCAAGAGUUGUAAAGACCAAAUGGCUUUGUGUCCUUUUUGUAAAGCUACCAUAAGUUAUUCUAGAAAUUUCAUUCUUGAGGAUUUGUUAGAAACUCUACAAAUUAACUGUCAGAAUGAGCCGAAAGGUUGUGCUUUUGUCGGAUGUACCGAAAAGAUUAAAUUGCACGAGAUUACAUGCAGAUAUAAUUGAUAAGUAAUUUAUUUUGUACACAUUUUCAUAAAUAAAUAUACAAUGCUGGCCAAAUACUUUUUCCUUUGUCGAUUUUAAUGUAUGAGACACAUAAAAAAGAUGGGGAGACAGCGUGAACGUCGUGGAACGCCGUUUGGCGCACCCUUUCUAACAUGUAUGUCGCACACAUGAAAAUCGGCCGAGGGGACUACGGUCAGCAUUGCAUAAGUAAAAAAUAUGUUUCAUUAUCUCCUAACUUACUACGAAUUAUACCUGUACAAUUGUAACGCCGUUGUAAACUAGAAGUUUGGGGUAUCGAUGAGACGUGCUCGUAACAUCGACGCAGAGGCAACCAGAAUUAAGCAACCGUGUAAGGAGCGCGAUAGUAUUCGACACCCAUUGGGAAGCUUCUACCGCCAUCGAGAACCAUCGAUAAAGUCUCGCAU